GCAUUCCGAGGGCGAGCCUUCCGCCGCUGCCUCUUUGACGCCCGCACGCCGCAAACCAUUUGACACCCAGGCCUGGGAUUGGUGGCAGGCUCCCCCGGAUCACCCAAUAGGAAGGCGGGGGUUGCGAAGGCGCUGUAUAUAACCGGCUCCAAUGGCUGUGUCCGGGUUGUUAUGGGGGAUGUCAGAUGCAGCGCUGGGUGGAGGGGCAGGGGGGCGAAGAUGCCGGCGCUGCGGGGUGAGGCCAGCGGGCAGGAGCUGCACCGCGCGUGGCUGCUCUUCUUUCUCCUGUGCCUGGAGGUGUGUGGCCAGGAGCGCAGCAGGUGCCGGCUGCCGUGCGAGUGUCCCGCAGACCCGCCUACCUGCCCACCGGGCGUGCCUGCGGUCCUGGAUGGCUGCGCCUGCUGCCUGACCUGCGCCCGCCAGCGAGGGGAGACCUGCUCGGAGCUGCUGCCCUGCGAUGAGAACAGCGCCCUCUACUGUGACCGCGGUGCCGGCACCCAGGCUGGCUUUGGGGUCUGCAUGGACCUUGAAGGCGACAACUGCGUGUUCGAUGGGAUUAUCUACCGGAGUGGUGAAACAUUCCAGCCAAACUGUAAAUACCACUGUACAUGCCAAGAUGGACAGAUAGGCUGUGUACCCCGAUGUAACCUUGACCUGUUGCUUCCUGGCCCCGAGUGCCCCUUCCCGAGGAAAAUCGAGGUCCCCAAAGAGUGCUGUGAGAAGUGGACUUGUGACCCCAUGGACAACGUUGAUUUAGGAGGCUUCGCUAUGGCAGCAUACAGACAAGAAGCCGUCCUUGGGAUCAACUCAGCAGAUUCGAGCUCUAACUGUAUCGAGCAGACGACGGAGUGGAGCGCGUGCUCCACAAGCUGUGGGAUGGGCCUCUCCACUCGCGUCACCAAUAAGAAUCCUGCUUGCGAGAUGGUGAAGCAGACCAGGCUCUGUGAGGUGCGACCUUGUGACCAUGCUCAGCUGGUGGAGAAGAAGGGGAGGAGAUGUAUUCGGACCCGGAAGUCCCUAACGGCCACCCACCUGGAAUACAAGAACUGCACCAGCAUCCAGAAGUAUAAACUCCGUCACUGUGGUGUCUGUAGCGAUGGACGGUGUUGCACACCACAUAACACGAAAACCAUCCAGGUUGAGUUCCGCUGUCCUCAAGGCAACACCAUCAAGUACCCCAUGUUGUCCAUCACCACCUGUGUCUGCCAUAACAACUGUCCUCAGGAGAACAAUGCUUUCUUUAGAAAGUUCAGUUGAGGGGAGUGAGGGGGAAAUAAUAAUACAUGGAAUGGAUUAUGACUUCAAAAAAGGGGCGGGGGAACACUCUAAUGCAUAACACACAACAUUUAAAUGCAAAUGAUUCAAAUCUCCAAGUGGGUAAUAUUUCCCUCCUAACUGUUGGUCAUUUCUUUUGCAGGGGGAAAUGUACUUUAAGAGACAAUCUAACUUGUAUUUGGCUCUGUCAGUGACCUAGUUCGGGUCCUGCAGAGUUCCUUGAAAUCUUUGCUUGCUUCAAGCAAUGUAAACUCAUCCAAAUAUUACCACUGAAAAAAUCCAUAGCAACACCCUGUGGGUUUCCUUAUUCGAAUAACUAUUUCUUAGAAACUGCAGGGACUCGGCGUUCUUGUUUCUCUGCUUCAUGUACCAGCUCGUCUCUUCAGUCGUGUUUCCUCUUGCUGAACAAACCGUUUUGUAAACUCGGUUGGCAGAGCUGCUUGUAUUCUUGCUGGCCUUAUCGCCGCACCACUAGCUGGACCCAGGAGUCGAGCACAGCAUGUGUCUGCAGAGUGACAGAACGGAGAUCGUAAUCCUGAUACAAAGCCCAGUUAGGAAAACUAGCUUGGAAUUUGAGCCAUUCAUGGUGGGGUCUCGGUGUGGACAAACAUUUGCAGAUCCAUCGGUGCAAGAGGCAAAAGCCUGCCUUUCAGUUUGCCUCCUUCCAAUCUCUCAACCACUCUGCCAGCUUGUCCUUUCAAAGAAUGCUAGUCAGCUGGGACCUUGAAGGUCUUCUAGUCCGGGGCCAGCCCCCUUGCUUGGUGCAGGAAACUGCAACAACAUCCAAGACACAUGGCUGUCCAGCCUCUGUUUGGAAACCUCUACUCACCACUGCAUGAGGCAAACUGUUCCACUGGCUAGCAGCUCUUACAGUUAUAUUCCUUCUAGUGUCCAGCUUAGUUUCCUCCUCCUCUUCUCACACACAGCAGUAGCUGCUGCCAGAACUGUAAAGGUAAAGUGUGCCAUCAAGUCAAUUUUGACUCCUGGCGAAUGCAGAGCCCUGUGGUUGUCUUUGGUAGAAUACAGGAGGGGUUCACCAUUGCCUCCUCCUGCACAGUAUGAGAGGAUGCCUUUCAGUCUCUUCCUAUAUCACUGCUGCCCAAUAUAGUACCAGUGGGGAUUCGAACUAGCAAUCUUCUGCUUGUUAGUCAAGCAUUUCCCCGCUGCGCCAUUAGGUGGCUCUCACUAUUACUUGCUAUUGCUAGUUAUGAAGAAUCUCCAAGAUGGCACCCAUGUCCUAGGACAGGGGUUCCAAUCUUGGGUCCCCAGGUAUGGUUGGACUACAACUCCCAUCAUCCCCAGCCACCAUGGUAGCCCCAGUGGCUGGGGAUGGUGGGAGUUGUAGUCCAACAGCAUCAGGGAACCCAAGAUUGGGGGCCCUGCCCUAGAGCAGUGGGCAAUGUUUCUUAAGCAUGGCGUCAUCUUGAAGACUUGACCGUGUCUGGAGGGUGAGGAAGGAAUGAGAGAGUGGUAGGGGGUCUGCACCUCCCCUUGCAGUGUUUCACGGCACUAGUGUUGGCUGGAGCUGCAUAUUUGUGUUAGGUCGCCCAAGAUCAAUAGAAAAGAGUGAUCUUUUUGUAACGCUGAACUGGUUUUGCGGAUGCCUCUCAUCCUCCGAUAAAAGGAAAUGUUCCAAAAAGUGGGUCAAAGCAGGACAGGAGUUGCAAUCUGAGUUUUGCUGCAGUAGUUGACUCGCUCAGACUAACCUGUGUGGUGGCCUUGAAUAUGAUGAUGGCAUAGUCAUGUGACCAAUAGCGCCACUUGGAGUGUGACUAUUGUGAUUAGGGUUACCAACUAGGGACUUCCAUAGAGGACAUGCAGAUAUUCUGGGGUCAAACAGCUUUUUUGGCAUGUGUUGUGGUGUCCGAAGUUCUGGGGAGCAGCUGAGACGUUUUGUUUGCUCAGGACACUUUGCUCUCAAGAGUAGCUUCUCUUCCUCUUGACCACCCAUCCAAUGGGGAAGCCAGAGGGGAGGUUCUGCUUCUGUGGUAGGUUGCAGAGCCACAUGAUGCAGGAACACUGCUUCCUUCAUGUGGUGGUGGUGACUGGUGAUAGUUCACAGCUAUCCCAGCUGACUGAGUAAAAGGACACUUUUUGGUAAAUUUCUUCUUUAUCACAGGGAGAGCAACUGGCUGCAUCCAUCCCCAGCACAGCAUUCCUUCAGUGGUUGAUCCUGGUGUUACCUUGCAUUUCAUUUUAGAUUGUGAGCCCUUUGGGGGACAGAGGAGCAUCUUAUUUGUUCUUCUUUGAAAACCACUGUGAAACCUGUUGAAAAGCGGUCUAUAAAUGUUUGUAGUCGUAGAGAACAGCAAGCGAGUGGGAGACCGUUGCAUGCACCGCUGCGCCAGCAUGCUAAGAGGUUGGCUGCCUUGCCUUGAGCCAAGAGGUGAAGUUGCUGGCCUGGCUGGGGAGAGCAGGCUGGGUGGCCCGUGGGGAAGGAGGACAGAGGACUGUAUGGGGCGGGGGGAGUAAACCUAACCAGGAGGUGGAUUUACAGUUGAGAAGCCGGGGCCUUGAGAACUCUGUAGCUAGACAGCAGACUGAGCAGACAUACAGCUCACCUGGACAUCAGCUUCAGUGGUGAGCUGUAUUUAUUCUCAUAUUAUUCAGUUUUGAUCAAAAUAUGCAUAUAUAACACCACUAAACAUAUGCAGAGUGGAGACUUUUUGGAGACUUUUUUUUGGUAAAAAGCUUCCCCUAUCUCCACUUUUUUUGGUAUGGGUAUUGACAUUUUUUCACCAUCUGGACCUGGCAACCCUAACUGUGAUCUUAGGACAGGCUACGUCAGCUGAUGUUGGGACCCAGUUCUUGAGGGCCUUCCAACUAGCACUAGAGUGUCAAUCUUGUGUUUACCCUUGAAGCAUGUGAAUUGAACUGUUGUGUUGGGUGAGAAAGCAAAUUUUGUCAGUCUCUCUUUAAAGCAGAUCUACAUUUUGAUAGAAAUGGCAGUGUAAAUAGAAAGCGUACAUAGUAUACUCUUAUUUUUCUGUAAAUGUUCAAGCAUAUCUAAAUAAAAUUUCUUUUGACAUAUACACUGAAGAAUAUUGUGAACCUGA